AGCAAACAGGUGGCCACUGUCGACUACCUCGCCCAUCAUUCUUCCAUCCCUGUUCCUGCAGUCCUUGCACACAGCAGUGGGGCCGGUGGUGAACAAGGCGCUCCGUGUUAUGUAGUAUUCCAGAAGCCGUUAGGUGUCUGCGCAGAGAACAUCUUCCCUAGCAUGACACCAAUCGAACAGAGACUUGUCAUCGGCGCAAUUGCGAGGUGGAUGGUCGAGCUGUUCGAUCAUCGCUUUGAUGCAAUCGGCAGCCUCCGCUUCGCGGAUGAGGGGGUUUACAAGAUAGGGCCCAUCGUCAUGAAGCUGUUCUACUCUGAUGGGCGAUCUAAGCUCACUCUUGAUCGCGGGCCAUUCGAUUCGGCGAAGGCUUACUACAGAGCUUGCGCUCUGCGGGAGCUGGAUUCGGCCAGAGUAUUUUUCGCGCAAGAUGCAUCUGCGUCCUAUCAGCAAGAUCUUGAAGAAAGCCGGCUCACGGUCGAAAGGAUAACCGGACUCUUGUGCGACUUGACGAACCGGUGUCAAGGCUUGGACAAAGACGACCCAGAAAUGGCCCCCUUUUCGCUGGAUAUCCAAAAUAUAGGGUUGAGGAACGUCUAUCUUUCUCCGGAGAACCAUACUGAAAUCGUGCGCAUACCACGUGAACGUCCGCCGCUGACGAACGCUACACAACUUCAUCAUAGGUUUCCGUGGUGGAUUGGCGAUUCGUGA